GCAUAAGUUCAAAUUUAUAUUUAGAAAUUCUAGAAUAAAAAUAUUUAGAACAAUUUCGGGGCAUUCGAUUUGCUCGAAAUCUGUUUGUAAAUUCGAUGAUAAAAUGGAAAAUAAUACAGAAAUUAAGCUCUUAGCCGAAUUAAAGACUAAGGAUCGCGAAAUCAAACAACUCAGAAGAGAAUUGUGCAUACUUCACGAAAGGAAUAGUUUCUGGUUGAAGCAUCAAUGCAGACACAAGAGGCUGGAAGCCAGAAACUCGAACGAUGACUCGAAGAACCUCACUGUUAACGAAGCAACCGAGGAAGGCAAAAUAAACCUGGGUGUCUGUGGAUCGAGUAGAAAGAAUCCAAACAAAAGGAAGUAUACUUCCAACAGCAAUGAGAGUUCGGAUUUAGACGAUAGAUCGAGUAGCAGCGAAACCAAUGUAAGAAGAAAGGAAAGAAAAAUAUUAAAGACAAGUCAAGUGCCAGAGAUCAUGUACAAAAGACUGUUUAAGGAACACUUGGAGCUACAACGUUCGUUCUCCUUGUUUCGUCAGAUAGUCAGCGAGAAGAAAGGGGAAGAAAUCAAAAAUAAAAAUGUCGUUAGUCUGGCCGACGAGAAUCAGAAAUUGGGGCACAUCGCUCUUCACUUAAAAAAUAAAAGACAAAANUAA